AUUCUUUCUUUUUUCAUGUCUAAGAGAAUAUCAUUCUAUGUUCUAUAUUCGGUCUUAACAUAAAGAGACCGAAAGGUAUGUUUUGCCAUCCCUAGUAGUAGUGUCGAAGAAGGGUAGAUUGGUAAUCUAAGUUCAAAUUAAUAAACAAAAGAAGGGGGAACCUUGUGAGAGGCAGAGGAGUCCCAAAUUGCCGUCUUUGAUAAAGCAAAGCCAUUCAUGAAACCCUACCAGAUUAAAGAAACCAACUUUCAUCAAAUUGAUUGUUAUUCCAAGUGACAGAGACAAUAGUCUUUGAAAUAUCUACUUCUCUCUCCAUUAAUGCUUCGGCUUGUGGCCAUUAUUGCACUUAUCAGCUUCCCUGUCUUCGCUCUCGCUUCUGCGUAAAUGCGACAACAUCACACAGACAUUUCAUCCAUAAUUUCUGCACUUUCUCUCCUCUUGUCUCCCUUGUCUCUUAUUUUUAAGUGGCUUGCCUUCGCCCGGCAAAUGAUUUCGAGUGAACGCUUGGGAUCACGAGCUGGGUUUCUUUUCCUUGACUUCAGUUGACUUCCCCUUCUCCCCCCGAAGCUUUUCUCGGUAUGGAGGUUUCUGCUCACAAUGUCAGACGCUUUGGGAGACGACUCCUUGAUGGGUCUCUCUUUCUUUGACUUGAGUUUCCCGAAUCUUCUUCUUGCAGAACCUUCGGCAGGUAUUUUUCUUCAAGUUCCUUCUUUUUAAAUCGUGUCUGCUUCUAGGGCAUUUCCUGCAAUGGAACAUUUCAAGUUGUUGCCUUGGCUUCUUCUUCUGUGGCCCUUCUUCAUGCCCAGCACCCAUCAACUACAGAACUCCCAGACGCAGGUGUUGCUGCAGCUCAGGAAGCAUCUAGAAUUCCCUUCAGCUCUUCAAGCUUGGGAAAAUUACAGUGGAGACUUGUGUGAAAUCUCUGCAACGGCUCAUAUGGGCAUCUCGUGCCAAGGUAACUCUGUCACUGAGCUUAAAAUCAUGGGAGAUAAGCUCUUUAAGCCAUUCGAUAUGUUCCACGGCGCUGCAAUUCCAAACCACACUUUGUCUGAAACUUUCUCAAUUGAUUCUCUGGUCACCACUUUGACAAGGCUUACAAGCUUGAGGGUACUCAGCUUAGUCUAUCUGGGUAUCUACGGUGAGCUGCCACAGAAGAUUCAUCGGUUAUACUUUCUCGAAUUCUUAGAUUUAAGUUCAAACUACUUGUUUGGUUCUGUGCCUCCUGAGAUUUCCAAGUUGGUCAAGCUUCAAACUUUGGUUCUUGACGGGAAUUACUUCAGUGGUAGUGUUCCUGACUCGUUCGAUUCCUUAACCAAUCUCACGGUCCUUGGUUUGAAGAACAAUCGAUUCAAAGGCCCAUUCCCUUCUUCGAUAUGCAGAAUAGGAACGCUAACAAAUCUUGCGCUGUCGCGCAAUGAGAUAUCUGGUGAAUUACCUGAUCUGAGCAACUUAGAAAAUCUACACAUACUGGAUUUGAGAGAAAAUCGUUUGGAUUCUGAACUACCUUUGAUGCCAAAACUAUCGGUUACUGUUCUACUGAGCAAGAACUCAUUCUCUGGGGAAAUUCCUGGCCAUUUUGGAGAUUUAGAUCAGCUUCAGCAUCUUGACUUGUCAUUCAAUCAUCUGACUGGAACACCGCCCCCGUUCUUGUUCUCUUUGCCAAACAUCAGUUACUUGGACUUGGCAUCUAACAAGCUCAGUGGAAGGUUACCCAUGAAUCUAAACUGUGGAGGCAAACUCGGAUUUGUGGAUCUGUCGAACAAUGGAUUAAUUGGGUCUCUUCCCACUUGUUUAUCAAGUACUUCUGGUGAGCGAGUGGUUAAACUUGGUGGGAAUUGCUUGUCCAUCAAGGGUGAUCAAGAUCAGCAUCAAGAAUUCCUCUGUAGAAAGGCAGAAACAGAGAAUAAACAGUUAGGAGGUAGAAAAAUUGGGACUUUAGUAGCUGUACUCAGUGGAGCUAUUCUUAUUCUUGUGUUUUUUGCAACCGGAGUCCUUGUGUUAUGUCGAAAAAGGUGUUGCAGUUGUACAAGAGAAACACCAGUGCAGCAAACUCGGCCUAAGGCUGCAUUAGACAAUCCACGUACCGGGCUUUCCCCUGAAGUUCUUGCUAGUGCGAGGUUAAUCUCACAAACAACACAAUUAGGGGCUCAAGGUGCACCAGCAUGCCGCUCAUUUUCUUUUGAAGAGUUAAAGGAAGCCACAAACAAUUUCAAUUCAUCAGGUUUCUUGGGCGAAGGCUCCAUUGGGAAGCUGUACAGAGGAACGCUGGAAAAUGGAACCUCUGUAGCUAUCAGAUGUCUGGUUUUAUCAAAGAAAUAUUCAACUCAAAGCAUCAGAGCUCGGUUAGAUUGGCUCUCUAAGCUCAACCAUCCUCAUCUGGUGACCCUCUUGGGCCAUUGCAUUGAAACCAGUGAAGAACACUAUCAUGCAUCCUUCAAACUCUUCCUUGUAUACGAAUACAUGUCCAAUGGGAGCUAUCAUAAGCAUCUAUCAGAAUCAAACCCAGAGAAGAUUCUGACAUGGCCAGAUCGGCUGGGGAUUCUGAUAGAAGUAGCAAAGGCUGUACACUUCCUUCACACGGGUGUAAUGCCUGGUUCCUUCACCAAUCACCUCAGAACGAACAACAUCUUGCUCGAUCAGCACCGUAUUGCAAAGCUCAGUGACUAUGGAGUCUCUGUUAUCAUAGAAGAGAAUCAAAAGCUCGAGGCAAAGACGGAAACCCAGAAACCAAAGAAAAAGGGUAAAACAGAAGACGACGUGUACAACUUCGGGUUCAUACUGAUGGAAUCGCUAAUAGGAGAUGCGGGAAGUGGGAAAGGAGAGGCCUUUCUUCUGAAUGAAAUGAAGUCGUUUGGAAGCCAGAGAAUGGUGGUGGAUCCGACAGUGCUGACCACGAGCUCGGAAGAAGCGUUAGGGAGAGUGAUAUCAAUCACGAACAAGUGCCUUCUGACCGAUCCCUCCUCAAGGCCCUCCUUCGAAGACGUUCUCUGGAACCUCCACUACGCCGCCCAGCUCCAAGCUCACCUCGACCCCUCUUCCUGAUCUCUGCUUCUGCCGCUGUAAAUGUUAUAUCGUACACGUUUCCUUCUUCUUUAAGAAAGGCCAAAAGAGAGUGUCAUGAAAUAGUAAAAAAAAAAAUCAUUAGAACAGAUUAUAUCCAAAUCCAUGUUCAUUCAAACGCUAUCAUAUGUGUUUCUACUUCAGUCAUUUGCUUCGGAAUACAAAGACGAAGGCAAGUAGACGUAGAUCCUCAAACAAAGGCCUACAGAGGCCCAAUUACAAC